AUGUCGCAAAAAAUGCCAGAACCACUACCAGUCUACACCCAAGACGCCCCACCAGAACCAGAACUCCCAACCACAGAACCACCUGAAUAUCUCCAACGCACACCCUCUCAAGAAGCAGCUCGUCUCCAAUCUCUCAAAGAAUGGGCUGCGAAACGCGAUAUGAUGAAUAGUGGCGGUUACAUGGAAACCUUCAACAUUGGAGGCCAGACCGUGACAAAUGGUCAACUUGUUUCUUCUUCCUCUUCCUCCGAUUAUCCCUCUGCGAGUCAAGAAAAACAGGCAUUGGCUGCUAAAUAUGGAGACGACGGCUUCGAAGAAGGAUCUAGCUCCUCUCACCAUGAUGGUGACUCCAAACCUGGUGUUGGAAAACGCAUUUCAGGGUUCUUGAAGAGGAUUUCUCCGGCGGAGAGGGCGCAGCAGAAAGCUAUGAACAUGACUGCGGAAGAAGAAGAAGCGGAGAUGAAGAAGUAUCCUAUGGCCGAGGGGACUUAUGGGUGGGAGAACAUGGAUUCGUCGAGGAAGUAG